AUGAACCACUACCCUCCCCGCGUCAUGGGAGGCCCCCAGGUCGGCCCGGCCCAGCGCCUGAACGAGCUCCUCGAGAGCAUCAAGACCGAGUUUGAGACCGAGUCUCAGCGCAGCGUCGACUACGAAGGCCAGAUCACCCGUCAUAUCCAGGAGAUUGAAUUGAUCCGCAGCAAAGUCUACUCGCUCGAGCAGUCACACAACCAGAUGAAGGCAAAGUAUGAGGAGCGCAUUGCCCAGCUAGAGCGCGAGGUCGAGGCCCGCGGCGGACCCAGCCAGAACUCGCAGCACCACGGCCACUCGCAGCCUCAGCCCCCCCAAAUCGGCCAUGGACCGAGCAACCUGUUUGGAGGAAUCAUGGCAGGCAGUGCCGCCCAGGGCGGUCCAGGGCUAGCGCCUCCUCCACAGGAACCGCCGCAGGGUCAUGGCAUGCCACCACAGCUCGGAGGUCCCCAAGGACCGCCUGGACUGAACCCUGCCCCCGGCCCGCCACAGCACUUUGCUGGCUACCAGCCUGGCCCAUCGGUAAACGGCUAUGGCCAACCCCCACAACCUACUGCCUCGCCUGGCGCCAAGCGUCCAGGACCUGCUCGUGGCCCUCCUAACCCAGCCACGCCCCAGCAAAACAAUCCCGCUCCCUACCCCGGCUCACCCCAGGUGCCGCGACCAACGCCUCCACCUCACCACCAGCCCAACGCCUUGAUGGCCCCAAACCACAUUCCUCUCAGCCAAAGCAACGUCUUGGCCGACCUGGAUAUUGAGCAGUUGCCCGAGAACCUGAAGAAGGAGGGAAGCGAUUGGUUUGCCGUCUUCAACCCCCGCUCAAGGCGAGUUCUCGACGUUGACCUGAUUCACAACCUGCCCCACCAGAGUGUGGUUUGCUGCGUUCGCUUCAGCUUGGACGGUAGGUGGGUCGCCACCGGUUGCAACCGAUCUGCCCAGAUUUUCGACGUCGAGACGGGUAACCCGGUCGCUCAUCUCCAGGACGGCAGCCUGCCCGAGGACGGCGAUCUCUACAUCCGAAGCGUUUGCUUCAGUCCCAAUGGACAAUAUCUCGCCACUGGCGCAGAGGACAAGGUCAUCAGGGUCUGGGACAUUGCCAGCCGCACAAUCAAGCACCAGUUCACCGGCCACGAACAGGAUAUUUACUCGCUCGACUUUGCCAGGAAUGGAAAGAUUAUUGCUUCCGGUAGUGGCGACAGGAGUGUCCGUCUCUGGGAUCUCGAAUCCAACAUGCAAGUCUCCAACUUCUCCAUUGAGGAUGGCGUCACCACCGUGGCCAUUUCGCCAGACAACCUCUACGUCGCAGCGGGAUCUCUCGACAAGAGCGUCCGUGUGUGGGACAUUCAGACUGGCCAGCUUGUCGUCAGACUGGAAGGCGAGCAUGGCCACAAGGACAGUGUGUAUAGUGUGGCUUUUGCUCCUUCUGGCAACCGUCUGGUCAGUGGUAGUCUCGACAAGACCAUCAAGAUGUGGGAGUUGUCGACUCAGAGCCGCUUCGUUCCCGGCGGAAACCACCCAAGCGGCAAGUGCAUCCGCACAUUUGAAGGUCACAAGGACUUUGUUCUCAGCGUUGCCCUCACUCCUCACGGCGACUGGGUACUGAGUGGUUCCAAGGACCGUGGUGUCCAGUUCUGGGAUCCUCACACUGGUGUCGCGCAACUCAUGUUGCAGGGACACAAGAACUCUGUCAUUUCCGUCGCUCCCAGCCCUACAGGAGGCGUAUUUGCUACUGGUAGUGGUGACAUGCGCGCACGAAUCUGGAGGUUCGAUAGGUACCCUGGACCUUAG